CAAAUAUCUGUAACGUCCAAAAUGUCUGACAUCGAAAGCUUCGACGGCGAUGCUUUGACUUCGCAAUGUGUCGCUUCUGAUCUGAGAAAAAGUGGCCAUGUGGUGAUCAAGGGCCGCCCAUGCAAAAUUGUCGACAUAUCGACCUCGCGGACCGGUAAGCAUGGACACACCAAGUCCCAUGUAGUUGGGAUCGAUAUCUUCACGGGCAAGAAAUACGAGGAUAUCGUUGCUUCUAGCCAGUCUGUUGAUGUCCCAAUUGUCCACAGAAAUGAAUACUCACUGGACGGAGCCGAAGAUGGCUAUCUUGUAUUGAAGGAUGCGGAUGGCAAUAGCAAGACUGAUGUCCCUAUGCCUGAACAUGAAUUAGGCAAUGCUGUCUCGGACUAUCUGGAGAGUGGCGAUGCUUGUACAAUUACUGUCGUCGGCGCUAUGAAUGAGCAGGCAUGUGUCGGUAUCAAGGAUGCAUAAACAUGACUAUUAGAAUAUUAAAUAAUUAUAUAAAAAUAGAGUAACUUGAAAUAGUAACAAGCUAUAAAGUUGGGCAG